GGCAUAUUUCUAAUAGCUGUGCCUCUGAAAGACUCGGAUGCAGCACGGUUUAAUGAGUAAGUGCAUAAAAGUAAAAGAGGUUUGCUGAAGCACAAACUUAACAUCAAAACGCUUCAAAAUCAACAUCUGUUUAUCCCAAUGACUUUUUCUCAUUGAAUUCUGUUUAACACGACAUGUGCCUGCUGCAGAGUUCCAAGCACCAGUGGUUAAUGUAUAAACUGUGCAGGAGUGGGGAUGAAGAUUCCCAAAGGAACAUUGGCCCCUGAUCAGCAAACUGGACUGCUGAGUCACUGGACACACAAGUGGACGAUUUCAGUGACCGGCAAAUACCGCCGAUGGCUCUCGAGCUGUUGUGACAGAAGAAAACGUUAGAGCUCUGUUGUGGAUUGCAUCACCAGCAUUAAGACUUUUCUACCUCAUUCAAGUUUGUUUUGUUUAUUUUUGUCUUGUUUCAAGAUUAAGCUCACAUUUGGCUUUCCAGAAUUUUGAUCCAACUGGCCCUUGUUUGGAGGUCGUUUGAUGGUCUUCCAAAACAGUAGGACUUUGGUCCAAAAGUUUAUGAACAAGAUCUAGACCUCUAACUUUUGAGGGAAACAUGUUUUAGGAUUUUACAUCUGCUUUUUUGAAAAUGGACAGUAGGUGUUCUGGUGCUGGGAACCACCAGCUUCUCCAUGUGGACCUCCUUAUUGAUGAGCAUGAACCUCGUAGAGGAAUCCUGGAUCUCCUCAGCAGACUCCGUCCUCUUUGGAAGGCACAGGACGUUCAGAUGAAGAAAUUCACAGAAGGCAUCACCAACCAGCUGAUUGGCUGCCACGUGGCGUCUCUCCAGGAGCCCGGUUGUGUCCUGGUGCGACUCUACGGCAGAAUGACGGAGCUCUUUGUGAACAGGGACCGCGAGGUGGAGAUGUUCCAGGUCUUCCACGCCCACGGGUGUGGUCCUCAGAUCUACUGCAGCUUCCAGAACGGCAUCUGCUACGAGUUUGUUAGAGGAACGGUGCUGGACGACGAGCUGCUCCGGCAACCCUCCAUCUACAGAUUGAUCGCAGCGGAGAUGGGGAGAAUCCACUCCAUCCAGCCAGAAUGUGGUCGGCCUGUUGAACCUCUUCUCUGGACAAAAAUGUCCCACUUUCUCACACUGAUGCAGAGCAGUAUCAGCAGCAGCCCAGCCGAGCAGCGCUGCACAAAGAGUCCCAUGGCUCUACGAGAGGUGCCCAGCUUUGAGAUUUUGUCAGCUGAAAUGGAGUCGUUGAAGAGACACCUUUCGCAGAUUGACUCGCCGACUGUCCUCUGCCACAACGACCUUCUGACAAAAAACAUUAUCUACAACCACAAAGAGGGAAUGGUGAAAUUCAUUGACUACGAGUACGCCGAUUACAACUACCAGGCCUUCGAUAUUGGCAAUCACUUCAAUGAAUUUGCCGGUGUGAAUGAUGUGAACUACAGCCUCUACCCGAGCCGGGAGCUGCAGAGGGACUGGCUGACGGCCUAUCUGGAGAGUUACAAGCACAGUUCGGGACAUGAGGUCACUGUUACAGAGGCAGAAGUUACGCAGCUCUACGUUCAAGUCUGCAAAUUCUCACUGGCAUCCAACUUCUUCUGGGGUCUUUGGGCCAUCCUGCAAUCACGGUUCUCCUCGAUUGACUUUGACUUCCAAAGAAAAAAAAAAAACAUCCUCGUCCAUUCAUCCAUCCGUUCUCUUUACCCGCCUCAGGGUCACAGGUGUUUAACCCAGAACACACUGGCCAAAAGACUACAUCCUCAUAUUUCGAUAUGCCGCGGCACGGCUCAACUACUACUUUGAGAAGAAAGAGGAAUAUUUUGGAUUGACAAUAAGCUAGAAACAGAGGACAAAGAACCAGCAUUUCAGACCUGCUCUGUGAGUCCAAUAAGAGUGAUCAAUAUCCUUCUUUGUAUCGUACAAUAAUGUAAAUCCACGGUGGAAAUAAAGGCAUAUAAGGAAAUGUG